AUGCCGCCUUGUCUUUCUGUUGCCAUAUUUUUCUCAUUCAUUUUUCAUCUCAUUCAUUCUUCAUCUCAUUCCAUUUUUCAUUUCAUUCAUUCUUCAUUUCAAAUCAUUCUACAUUUCAUUCAUUUUCAUCUCAUUCAUUCUUCAUUUCAUUCAUUUUUCAUUUCAUUCAUUCUUCAUUUCAUUCAUUUUUCAUUUCAUUCAUUCUUUACCACAUUCAUUCUUCAUCUCAUUCAUUUUUCAUCUCAUUCAUUCUUCAUUUCAUUCCAUUUUUCAUCUCAUUCAUUCUUUAUUUCAUUCAUUUUUCAUUUCAUUCAUUCUUCAUUUCAUUCAUUUUUCAUCUCAUUCAUUCUUCAUUUCAUUCAUUCUUCAUUUCAUUCAUUUUUUAUUUCAUUCAUUCUUCACCGCAUUCAUUCUUCAUUUCAUUCAUUCUUCAUCUCAACUCAUUUUUCAUUUCAUUCAUUUUUCAUCUCAUUCAUUUUUUAUUUCAUUCAUUCUUUAUUUCAUUCAUUCUUCAUCUCAUUCAUUCUUCAUUUCAUUCAUUUUUCAUUUCAUUCAUUCUUCAUUUCAAAUCAUUCUUCAUUUCAUUCAUUUUUCAUCUCAUUCAUUCUUCAUCUCAUUCAUUUUUUAUCUCAUUCAUUCUUCAUUUCAUUCAUUCUUCAUCUCAAAUCACUUUUUAUUUCACUCAUUUUUCAUCUCAUUCAUUCUUCAUCUCAUUCAUUUUUCAUUUCAUUCCAUUUUUCAUUUCAUUCAUUCUUCAUCUCAUUCAGUCUUCGUUUCAUUCAUUCUUCAUCUCUUAUGCAUUCUGUUUUUCUGCUGCUUUCAUUCAUUUUCCACCUUCUCUUUUCUUUCUUUUUCUUCUCAUUCUCCUACCAUAAUUCAACUUCAUGUUAUCUUCUUUUUCCAAUUCAUUCAUUCAUUCAUCCUUCUUCUUCAUCUUUCUUUUUCUUCUCAUUGUUCUGCCCAUCUCUUUCUUUCCUUUUCUUUCCUUUAACUUUCCAGCUUCCCUUCAUUCAUCCUCUUCUUCUUUAUUCCUUCAUUUUUUUAUCUUCAUCUUCCUUUCUUUCUUUCCUUCUUUCUUUUUUCUUUCUUUCUUUCUUAUGCUUCUCAUCACGAUUUCUAUUUUUUCAUUUAUCUUUUCUUCUUCCACUCCUUUUUCUUCUUCUUCAUCAUCAUCAUUCUUUUUUUUUUCUUUUCUCAUUGUUCCACUUAUCUAGAUUUCUAUUGUUUUACAUAUGUUUUCUUCUUACACUUCUUCUUCUUCUUCUUCUUCUUCCUUUCUUUCUUUCUUUCUUUCUUAUUGUUUUACUCAUCUCAUUUUUUGUUAUUGUCAUUUAUUUUUUCUCGAACUUUUUCAUCUUUUUCUUCUUCUUCUUCUUCUUCUUCUUCCCAUUUUUCUUCUUCUUCCUUCUUCUUUUUCUUCUACUUCUUUAUUCAUUUAUCUUCAUCUUUCUUUCUUUUCUUAUUGUUCCACUCAUCUCAAUUUCUGUUAUUUUCAUUUAUUUCUUCUCGUACACUUUCUUCUUCUUCAUCCUCCUCUUCAUACUCCUCUUCUUCUUCUUCUUUAACUAUCAUUAUUAUUAA